AUUCUCAAGCAUCCGUGCACCGUUGAAAUCUGAUCUGAUACGUUAAAUUCAUAGUGUCAAAAUUCAAAACAAUGGUAAAUGUCAUCCGUGUGGAAUCAACUAGCGAACAAAUUUAACAAUCGUAAGAAAAGAAAAUCAGUCCUGGAAACCCGAGGUCACCGAGCAGUCAACAAGAAACAAGUUUCGGCACUUAUGCAAUGCCUUGAAUAUCUAUCAAAAAAUAUUUCUAUUUUCGGUCUGUUUCUUUCCUCCGGAAGUACGAAUCAUUUGGAACGAAUUUAUCGCAAGAUUGAAGCUGGUGACGAACGGUUACUUAACUACCUUCUGGAAACUUCCGCUUCUAGAGAAUGUGCCAUGGCCAUGCACAGAUUCAUCAGAUGCUAUAAGAUCUCAAUCCUGCCGGAGAGAACCUUGAACUUACUUUGUGCGAGAAACGAAGGAAUUCCCAGGCGGUUGGUUGCGCUGGAUGCCCUGAAUCUAAUUCUGCACGAAUCAUCUGGUGCGAAGUUCCAGUUUGCUCGUGAAUAUCUCCGGAUGAUGCAGCACCUAACGUUACGAGGUUAUCUCACGCCCAAUGAAAUCCGUAUCAUCAUUAGUCCUUAUUUGGCAGUACCGGUUCUUUUUCCUGGACGUAAUUCGAUGCAUAAUAUUGCCUCAGAAUCCGCCGUACUAAUGGAAAUGUUUCUCAUUGCGCAUCUUCUUGAUGAUCCUGCCACGCUAUCGAUGGAGCUUGCUCUGGAAACCAAGAGACUGGCACAGCAACGGCGACCGCCAACAAAUGCUUCCAACAGGUGAAGGACACCAAAAUUAUUUCCACAGUGAUGACACAGCCGAAUUUGGGAGCUGAGCAGACGAAUUCAUCCAAUGACAAUGCGAAAUACUAAACAACUAAUCAGUGAACGAAUAUCGAAAAAUUACUCCUGUGUGUAUUGUGUAUGAUCUCGCCGAUACAUACGUAACACUAUUUAUCGAAUCGCAGCUCGUAUCGAGCAAAAAACAUUCAAUACAAAACACGGGAAAGAAUGUAUAGAUAACAAUUACGCUGCUAUUUAGACUAGAUCAAUGAGUGAAUAACUGACUUUUGCUCAUCAAUUGUGCGAGUGUCUUCUUAUCAAUAAAUCCGAAUAUUGCACGUUUUGGA